UUAGCAAUAAUUAAGUAUUUCGUAAGAUAAGCAAAAAUAAACAUCUAACAAAAUCGUCAUACAAAAACCUUAUGCCAUUUCUCACAAGAUGCACAUAUUGCGUGACAACUUUAAAGAUUAAUAGAAAGAUAACAGAAAGAUCUCAGCGUACUUUGUACCUUUUCUUUAUCAUAUCUCAUAUGAUUUUUUAAUUUAUCUAAUGUUUACACUGUUGUACCGAUUUUUACGCUGCACCGCUAAUUUUAUGUUUAAAACUGCAUUGUAAAAAAAACAUAAGAAAGAGAAAAAUCUAAAUAAAACGGUUUUAGUAAAAUCAUCUAAUAUUACCAAUAAUACGCUAAUUAUACUCACUAUUGUUUCACCUAUGCAAUUUACAAAAGAAUAUCGUGCAAAUUUUAAUCUCACUUUUUAAGAAUUUAUUCGUCAUUAGCAGAUCUUGUUUUCUCUCCUUCUAUUUAAAAAGUGCAUUGCUCGAUCGUGUUCGAUAAGUACUCAAAUUCUCAAAGUUUAUUAAAUUGUCGUUUUUCCGAUGUGCUGAUUGGUUGUCAUUCGGUGCUUGCUUCGCGAACGACUAUCAUGGCGGAGAUCGCGUAUCUUGACUAUUGAAAGGACUUGGAUAUUGAGAGGUUAACAGUGUAAUAUUACUAAUAUUAAUUUGUAAUUUGUAUAAAAUUAUGUAAUAUCAAAAAUUUUGUAGCUCGCACUUGUUUUGUCUAGUAUAGAAAAAAACCAUGUUACAAGAAUUACAAGUUUUUUCAAUUUUCAAUUAAAAUCUAAACAAAUCAUGUUUUUAAUUAAGUGCAUGUUUAGUUUCCGAGAAAUAAAACGAUGUCAGUUUAAGAGAUCUAACAUAUAUAAUAUUUGUGAUUUUUCUCUUAUAUUUUCCACUUGUUCACCAAAAAAUUUGCUUGCUCUAAACUCUCUCUCUCUCUCUCUCUCUCUCUCUCUCUCUCUCUCUCUCUUUCUCUCUCUCUUCUUGUUUUACAAUAGCAUUUGUAAAAAUAUAUGGUACUACCUGUAUGUUUGAAAAGACCAAGUUCAGCAUUACCGUUUAACGAGCGUGAAGACUCGAAAAACCGUGACCGUAUCUUCCUGUCGAGUGACAAGAUUUGUUUCUUAUGACGGAACAGUUUCGUGCCACAUCUCCUUGAAGAAAGAAGGUUUGAACUGUGUUUGAAUUGUUUUAGUGUUGCGCAAUUUAGCAAUCUCUUUUAUUGUCGCAUAUUUUCUGUCAAAGUUGUGUCAAAGAUGACGUUCACGUCUCUAAUAAAUUUUGGUGGCUUUGGGAAAAAUCCUUGGGAUACAUCUAUCGAACGUUAUAACGAUGGAAGUUAUCAUCACGGAUACCGCGGCUCGAAGGGAAAAGGUGGAAGUAAUGCUGCACUGAGUGCGUUGACCUUGCUUGCUUUUCUGUUUCUCUUGAACGUCAUGCAGCAAUCCUUACAAGAAAACAACUCGACGCUUGUUCCUACGACGACCACGCUAUUGUUGCGAGAGACCGAAUUACCAAUCGUGUUGGACAAUGGAGAAGAAAAAAAGGCUGAAACCAAAAACAACUUUGCACAUACAGCAAGCCCAUAUGCCUCAAAAGCAACAGCAAAGGAUUAUACGUCACACAAAGACUAAUUAUCGUCAGAUGACAGCUUUACAUUUUUUGCAAAACUUUUGUUUAACGUCACAAAUUAUAUUUGAAAAUAUUUAUCCUCAGGUCCAUAGUAAAUUUUCCUUUUGUAAUUUUUAAUAUUAAAUUUAAAUAUUUUUUUUAUACAGAUAUGCAAUAAAUUUAUCAAACAAAAUUCAUUAUCCCUUUCUUUUUUUUUUAUAUAUUAUAAUAUUCAAUAGCAAGAGAGACGUAAUCAGUAACUUACAUUAAUCAAGGAUUCGAGAAGCUAAAUAAUAAAUAAAUGUAGUAAUAGUUAAAAUAAUAUAG